CCCCACUCCUCAUCCCCUCCUCCUCAAUACCUCACCCCCAACAGAGCAGAAAGCGUGAAAAAUCUCACUAAUGGGUUUAUUUGCUGUCAGAUCUGCGCCGAUCUGUCAUUCCCUUGCACCGUUCUUCUUGACACAUUUCAUAGUUGAGUAAGCCUCCUCUAGCUUUCUGGCUAGAGUUAACAGCGCCCCUGCAACGCUGUGCUGCCUGAGAGCUCAUCAAGGAGGGGAGCAACGGCGGCAGCAGUCAGUCUGACAGACUCUUGGACAGGGAGUCCCUGAAGCUGCAUUCCUCUGGUCUCCCUCCCUGAGCCUUGUGGGCAUCCCUCAUCUUACCCUUGCAGAAGAUUCUUUUCUGCUGGGGGAUUGAUUGAGAAUAAGCGUGAAGAUGUGGUGUGCGGCUGGGCCUCUGGCCGUGGUGGCUGUAGUGUUUUGGUCUCAGUGUGUCCUUCUGGAUGGGGUGGAUGCCAAGAAGGAGAGAAAGAGGCCAAAGGAGGCCACCCCGCAGCACACAGAAUCCUUCAACGCUACUCUGUCCAACAGCGAGGAGGUCGGUGGAAGCGUCAAGGUUGCUGACAACCAGAGAGUGGAUCCACUGGGAUCAUGGAUGGACUUUGUUAAAAGACCUGUUGGCAACUUCCCUGGAAAAUGUCGCAAGCGCAAACGACCCCUGCCGGGCCCACCUGGUCCUCCCGGUCCUCCUGGCCCACAGGGACCUCCUGGCUCUCCAGGGGCUGAAGUGACCCAGGAAGUUCUUCUUCAGGAGUUUAAAGACUUGAUUAAAGAGGCUACAGAGAGGAGGGCAGCAGCACUGGACAGAACAACCAGCCCCAGCCAGCUCCCUACGGCUCUCCUCACCCUGGAAGGGAUGACAUCCUACCGGCGGAUUGAGGAGGCGUUCCACUGCAAGCUCAAGGGGCCGGUGCUGGUCGACAAGAAGACGCUGGUGGAGCUCCAAAACUUUCAGACACCUCCAGCUAAAGGAGCUUUCCUCAGAGGGACGGGGAUGGACCAGUCUACUGGACGAUUCACAGCUCCGAUCACCGGGAUCUACCAGUUCUCUGCAAAUGUCCACAUCGACCACAAUGAGGUGAAGAGGAGCAAGAGUCAGCUGAAGGCCAGGGAUAAUGUCCGGGUGCUGAUCUGCAUCGAAUCGCUCUGUCACAGAUACACCUCACUGGAGAUGAUUGUUGGAUUAGAAAGUAACAGCAAGAUAUUCACCGUCAGCGUGCAGGGGUUGCUCGAGCUACAGGCCGGGCAGUACACCUCCAUAUUUGUGGAUAAUGCAGCGGGCGCUUCCAUUACAAUACAGAACGGUUCAGAUUUUAUGGGCAUGCUGCUCGGUGUAUAGCCUCGAACAUGAAAAGGGCAUCAUCCAAGCCAUCCACGGCUGCCUUUUUCCUGUUUCUGCAAAGGACUGCUUAUCCGCACCACCACACAGAACCAAACCACAGGAAGGUUUUGAAGGAAGUGACUUUGACUUGACUGUUUUGUCAGACGAUGAAAGGACAGUGUGAAGAAGAGCUCAAGGACUGAGUUUGUUUUUCACAGUGCACUGCCACUUCCUCAAGGAACUUUGACGACUGUCUCCUCACCAAUAAAAUAACCUGAAAACAAAGCCGUGAACACGUUUGUUUCAGUCUCAUGGUUGUUGAAGGCAUUUGCAGAAAACCAAAUAUCAAUGUUGUUGAUGUUUAAAGGUACAUUUGUAUGUUCAAUGUACACUGACAUGUUUAUGUUUUUUUGUCAAUAUGAUCUAUAAUGUACACAGUCAUGAACUAUAGUUAUUUUUUAUCAUGGAUUUAAUAUCACAUUUAUAUAUGUUAUAUGGUACAUAGACUGCGAGUACACUGGACAUUGGACACAUGCUCAAAGUACAGAAAUGACUUCGAAAGAUCUUGUAAAAAUGAUUUGUAGACUACCUGUUUUGUAACGCAGCUAUAACUGCCUUUCCAACCAUGCUUAUGGCUCAGCUCUACGUGGUACUUUUGGCCAUUUGGUCCACUGCUUUUCAGAUAGAAAUAUCUGGAUUACAAUAAAAGUUUUGUGGUUCCAUGACUAAAAAGUUCUAACAAACUUUCUGCAACCCACUGCCUUUCCAUCUAGCGCCACCAUGAGGUUCACAUUUGGGGUUCUUGGCUGAAUGAUUUCAACAUCUAUUGGAUGGAGACGAUGACAUUUGGUACACACAUUCAUGCACCCCUCAGGAAGAAUUGUAACCAGUGUAAAUAUGCUAACAUGCAACAGAAGUUGAGAACAUGACAGACAUGACAGCUAGAUUGAGUUAUUAGCAUUGUCGUUGUUAGCAAGCUAUUUAACACAAAGAACGGUACAGCCUUAGAGAGUCACUAGCAUGGAUGUAGACUAUGAGUUUGGAAAACAAAGAUCUUGAGGUGAGUGUUUUGCAUUGGUCAGCACAGUAUUGAUCAUGCCCUGGCUCCCAGCAGCAUACAUGGCUUUAGCUAUACGCUACAUGUUGCUAGCAGUGAGUUUCUCUUUCAAACAGAAUUUUUCUUAAAGUAUCCUGGUAACAUUUUGACGGUCUUUUUUUUUUACUGUAUUAUAUUACUUUUGACAAAUAUUUGCUGCUUUACUUGUAAUUUCACGUCUUUUAAUGUGUUCAUGAACCUUAUAUUCCGUUUGUGUGUAUGUAUAGCUGCUCAUUGUCUGUCAGAAACGUUGGUAUCUGUGCUGCUGCCUGUCUCGGCCAGGACACUCUUGAAAAGGACAUUCUGUUCAAACUUAACGAGUUCCUCUCCUGGUUAAGUAAAUAAAACUUUGGACGUACAGAUAUUUGUAAUUUAUCAUAACUGAUAACUUUGGAGAGCAUUGAUGUUUUGAUAUUUAUGUUUGAGAAAAUGUAUGAUUCUCUCCAAUAUGUUUGAACGGUCACAACCCCACAUUAUUGCAAGAAUAAAUUCAUAUCUUUUUUUUUUACCAUACUAUGCUGUAUUUUGAAAUUAAACUUUUUAUUAAAUGUU